AUGAAUGCGGUCAAUUUUUCUCAAAAAUCAUCUGGACAGACCUUCAUAAAGUGUCUGGCAGUGAGCGACACACUUGCGGGGUUCCAGGACGGAAUCCUUGAGUCGCUGCCUCCAGCAAUGUUCAGUUUUGACUUGUUUGUGCAGCAUACACUCUUGUGCAGAUGGAAAGCAUGGGUUACAAACUUCUCAUCUAUUGCAUCAGCAUAUGUGCUUGUUGCGACAGCUGUGGACCGGCUGAUUGCUGUGUGGAAGCCAAUCUUCUACAGCCAGAAGUCAAUUCCAGUUAGAGCAACUGUGACGUCCAUUUUAGUAUGGCUCGUGUGGGCAAUGAUAUCUCUGCCCAACUUGUUCAUAUUUGAUGUCGAGGGUGAUUUGUGCGAGAUCUUCGUUGACAAUCCGUGGUCUAUUUUCACUGCGGGGCAGCUGCCAAUCUAUUCCAAUUUCAUCGCGGGAACUGUGGCCCUUCCUGGAAUUACACUCAUCGUAGUCAAUAUUCUCACCCUCUACAAACUCAAACAAAACAAUGUGAACGUUUCCAGAAAGGACAGAGAAAUUACUGUUUGUCUGGUUGUGGUGUCGCUGUCUUUCUGCAUUUGUGUUUUGGCCACUGGAAUAAUGACCAAAAUUGGAGUCGAUAAUCGGGAUUCGAACCCUGACCUGGCUUAUUUGUUUAAUUACGGCAGGAAACUGCCGAUUGCGAUCAGCAAUUCUAUGAAUUUCUACACGUACUUUGCAGCCAGUGGCUACUUCAGGUCAAUUUUUUACAAGGCAGUUGGCAUAAAAAAAUCAUCAGGAGGCCAGAGUGUGGCAAAAAGUAGAAUCGAGAACUCAAGGAUGGAAACAAAGUUCAAUCAUUAA